CUUAAAACAAGCUCCAAUAUCUUGCUUGAAAGUUUCUUUGUACCGAUGGCAACGAGCCGUUCUCUCCGACAGACGCUGAGGUUGCAGAGAAGGGCACACGAACCUGCAGAGAAAACCCCAAACGCUCAUGACUGAACUUUGACUUUUAACAAGACAUCAACGCACCGAUACACCCUGACGACGGUUUUCAACCUGGAGCGCGGCCAGCGCCCGUCCGCCCCUCAUCACAAUAAUUGUGUGCAUUUCAUUAAAUGUGAAGCUGAAAUGUCUCAUGGUGGCUCCCAGCACUCUGCAGCGACGCAGGUCGCCUCUGAAAAGGACACUCAUCCGUCAUCAUCCUUUCAAUACUUUAAUUUCCAGCAGAAAUCACACGAUCUGCAACGUGAAGGCACCACCGGCGGAAACCACAAAGAAGACGACAACAGGAAGUGGUGGGAGGAUGAUGGCGCUGAAUGUUUCUCAUCACAUAAACAUUCAGCUGGAUGUGGCUGGUAGCGGUGAGGUCGGCGCCCUCGGGUUCCUUUCUCUGAGUGGUAAUAGAGUGCUGCUGUCAGACUCCCCAGAUGCCGCCCCAUAAGGACGCUGCGCUCAGCCUCAUCAUCACUCUGAUUCAACCUCUGAAGGUAAACAGGGCAGCUCACAAGAAGCGGAGCGCAAACGCUAACCAAAAGAAUAAAUGGUUCCUUAACUGGUGCCAAUCCUAAUAAUUACUAUAAAUAAAUGUAAUAAAAAGUUUGUUGUGAUUUCUUUCUUUCUUUUCUUUUAAAAAGGGGGCCUAAAGUUCACAUUUCACACAUUUUUAUGCUUCUAUUUGGGCCUCAACUGCUUCUAAUAAACACAAAAACCCAAGUUAGCAACGUCUGAAAUGUACGCGUGAUGUGUAAAAGAAAAAGGGACGCAGGGCUUUGCUGCUAACUGAUAGCACAACGACAACUAGAUAACGAUGUCGGGAAAAAGAGAGAGGGAAGCAGCUCAGUUAUGCUAGCUUGACUAUGACAAAAUGACAUGUAGAUGUGAUGUGGAAUUGGUUGCGUUUCGGUUUUUAAAAAGGCGACCUAAACACCAACUCUGACAGAUGAUCAGGAGUGACUGAAAGUUUAACAAGAUGUUCUUCAUCUCACAAGAUUGAAGGAAAAUCUGCAUCAAAUGAAACAAACAAAGUUCCUAGAAUAACUUUCAUUGCACCUCCGCUUGAAAUAACCUUUAAUCAUGUCAAAGGAUGAAGCUUGCAAAGUGACGUCUGCCGGAAAACACAAAGAGCGAAAACCGAAGAAGCCGCACUACAUCCCGCGACCAUGGGGCAAACCCUACAACUAUAAAUGCUUUCAGUGUCCCUUCACCUGCAUGGAGAAAUCCCACCUGUACAACCACAUGAAGUACAGCCUCUGCAAGAACUCACUGUCUCUGCUCAUAGAGUCAGACUGGCCCUACAAGAAGGGCAACAUCCUGCACCCCGACCAGCUGCGGCCCUUCCAGCAAGUGCACGGCCUGCACGCUGCAGGGAAGGAUGAACUAGAGCAGGUAAUCUGCAGCGAGGAGAAGCAGGGCCAACGGAGGUCUGAGGAGGAGGACGGAGAGGGCAGAGAGACUCAGGGAGCGGAGGAGGAGGAGGGAGGGCGAGAGGAGCGCCCAGAAAUCAGCGGAUCGGCCAAAGCUGCUUCCAACGACGGCAGGGGAGAGUCUCCGGAGACCGCAACCAAAAGGAGCAAACGGCCAGAGUCAGAGCUGCUGAUGGCCGACAUGCUUUCUCUGGAAGAUCAGCUGCUGCGAGCUCGCUCCGCGGAGGUGGAGGCCCAGCUCAGGCACUACAAGCUACCCAAGACGUGCCUGACGAGUCCUGGGCUUCUGUCGGAGCAGUGGCGGCUGUUUGCGUCCAGCCACUCGAAAGCUAAAGCAGAAGGCGCUCAGCAGCGGGUGAGCGGUUCAAUCCCCUGCUACCCUCCUCCGACCAACCUGGUGGACUACCAGGACCCCAGCGGACUCAACCUGUCAGUGCUGGGCGUUGGCUAUCCCAUCAGCCCCAGCUGGCUCUCCUACAUGAACUCAGCCAUUCCGACCGGGGCGUCCGGCGUCGCCGCUCAGACCCACGCGCAGUUCACACAGCUUCCCUUCCUGGCAUCGGCGGCUCAGCUGGUGCACCCGGCAUCCAGCACACACACAGACCGAGCGCUCAUCCCCCCUCGCCUCUACUACCCCUUCCUGUGUGAGCACACCUUCGGAGCAGCCGGCGCUCAGAGUGACGCUGGCAAAUCCCUAAAGACGCCACCAAGCAGCGUAGAUUCAAGCGCUCUGUCUGGCUUCCAGCCUAAAGUCGGUUUGUGGAAGGUUCCUGCUUUGAGGCCGGGAAACACGGUGUCCCCUGCUGGCUGGGUGUCGCCUCAGAGAGACUCACCUGACCGAGGCUACAGAGGCGGGGAGAAGAUGCAAGCUACAGCCAAGGAAGGCAAGGCGACCUGUGGUCUCAAGAGGACUGGAGGUCCGAUUAGAGGUCUUGAGUCCCCUGCGGAGAAGAAGCAAGCCGUGGGCUUCACUUUGGACCUUCUGAGGAACAUUCAGACUGCGUCCGCUGACAAACAUCUCCUGCAAAUAAGUUUGCAGGAUUCACAGCUUCAGAGCCGGCCUGGUGACCAGUGGUACAACAGGACUCUCAUCAGUCCCAGCAGGGAAGCGGCCUCUUUGUCAGCCAACAGCCAAGACGCCAUCGCCUCCGGCGCAAUCGAAGACGGAGCCUCAGAGUCGGUGGCCGCUCUCCUCACCGAUCUCUCCAAGGCUCUACAGGAGUACCAGGAGGCCGAGCGGAAGAUCUCCCACCUCGAGAAGGAGGACCUUCCCGCCCAGCGACAGCUCUGGGAGCACCUGAACAAAAUCCGCAGCGAGCUCUCCCACAUCCACCAGGCGCUGGAGCGCACGGCCGGCCAGAGCGACGGGCCUCUAGACCUGUCGGUGAAGAAGGAGUCGACGGACUCACCAGGCGAGCAAAUCGUUCGAGAAGACGACAGCCUUAAAACCACGGAGACGGAAGAGGAGGACGAGGAGGCGGAGGAGAAGAAGGAGGAGAGAGAAGAGGAGGACGAGAGCGAGAGGAAGCUGAUUAGGGCGUCGCUGGAGAAGCGGAAGCAGUCGCUGGACAUGCUGAUCAAGAUGAGCCAGGUGUCGGUCGUGAACACCGAGGUUCUGCCGCCGGGCGGUCUGGGUUUGAGAUCGGCUGAGGCGCUGUGGCCCAGCAGAACCACCAAGUGUGAAGCAGAUUCCAGCGUCUUGCUCUGCCCCGACGGCCGAUCCGUCGUGUUUACCGACAUCCCGACCUCCGUCAAGCCUCCGAAGAGACCGUCGUCCAUCCAGCGCCUGGAGGCCCAGUGUCCGCCGAGUCCUUUAACGCCCCCCGACAGCUGAGCUCCGGCGCUCGCACCUUACCAGACCAAGAGAAUGAAAAUGUCCCGUUUUGUUUCUCUAAUCUGAAGAGAAAUCAACCCGAGUUGAGUCGACUGAGAAUCAUGCAGAGAGACAAUCUUGUGGCUAGUGUGUAAAAUAAUGUAAAUGCAAUAAAUGUAAUUAGUGGAAAAUGUUUUAAAGGGAAAAUGUUGUUUCUAUGAUGUUCUGUUUGGCUGCUUCAGCAAGUUUGAUGAAUAUAAAAUGUAUUAUGCACUGUAUAAACCAUGAGAGUAAUUGUUUUCAAACUCGAGACAAAAAA